UAUCCGGCGCCGAGCACCGAGACACUCAGACGGAAGAGCCAUGGCGGCCGCGGGUGGAGGGAAAAUCAGAAGCAGGAGAUAUCACAUCGCCUCGAAACCUUACGCCAAGAGCAAGCAGCAGUCAGGCCUCAUAAGUCGAGUGACGGACACGGUGAAGAGCAUCGUUCCUUCCUGGCUGCAGAAAUACUUUAAUAACGGAGAUGGUCCCGAGGAAGGAGCGUCAGAACCGAGGACAGAGCAGAACUGCCAGCUUCCUCCUCCCAACGGCAGCGAGGAGGGCCCUCCUGCACUUGAUGGACGAGACUCCCCCGAGCCGGAGCCGAGCACCAGUAACACAGAACCUUCAACAAGCCGGGCAACCCUGAACUUCCAGGAAAACGUCCUCUCUCGGCCUCCCCUCAGUCGCUCUCAUCUCCAUUUCACGCCGCUGGAAACUUUCUCCUCGGCCUUCGGGGGCUCCAGCAGCAUGUUCUCGCAGCCCUCCACCUCCUCGGCCCCGGGACCUUUCUCCACGGGCUACUCCUUGGUCAAAGAAAUCAAGGACAACCUGUCACAGCAUGAAGACGACAACAUCUCCACCACGAGUGGAUUCUCGUCCCGUGCAUCCGACAAAGAUGUUCCCACCUCCAAAACAUCAUCACUUCCCCAGCUUUGGUCUCCAGAGACGGACCGAACGCACUCUGGUCCUCAGCCUUCACAGUCCAGCCUGAAAAAACCUGCUUUCAACCUGUCGGUCUUCAGAACCUCAUCCAAUUCGUCACUAAACAGCACAGGGCUGAACUCCAGCCAGCUCGGAGAUUCGCCGUUCUACCCCGGGAAGACGACGUACGGCGGAGCAUCGGCGGCCAGAAGCUCCCGCUCUCGUCCUGGAACACCGUACCAGGCCCCGGUGAGGAGACAGAUCAAGGCCAAGCCCGCUGGCGCUCAGCCCUGCGGAGUGACCAGCGCCACCGCCAGACGCAUCCUGCAGUCACUGGAGCGCAUGUCCAGUCCACUAGCUGACGCCAAAAGAAUCCCAGCAGCCGCUUCACCAACGAUGGACGGCAGGGAUCUGGAUGUUUCACACCCUCAGUCAAAAAAGAAACGAAUGGAGCCGAGCCUUCCUCCCGUGCAGAAACUCGUGGUUCCUGUUGCCACACCGGUGUCAGGAAGCCGCUCGGUGUCGUUCAGGCCCACUCUGACCCCCGGAGGGGUGAGCCGAGCCGCAGAGCGAACACCAAGAGACACACCAACAAGACAAUCGCCCCAACUACCCGAAGCAACCCCAGGUCAAUCUCUAAGCACAAUGACUUCCAGUGGGCCUGUCCAUCCACUGUCCAGCAGCACCCCUGCAGCCAGCAGCGCCGGCUCCGGAGGAGGCAAGAUGAAGAGGGAGAGGACCACUGCACGGCCCUCCGCCAAACGCCAAGAAGACGACGAGAUCGCCGAGGCACCAGACCUCCCAACGAUUUCACUUCCCAUCAGCACAUCCGCAUUGCCCACGUUCAGCUUCUCAUCCGCUCUGGCACCACCUCCCACCACCUCCGCUUCCAUCAGCUCCACCUCGAAGAUCACAGCCACGACUCCCGCCAAGGAGACGCUCGCAAACAAGGAUCCACCAAAGGCUUCAACACCCCCCUGUGUACCUUUUACUUUCUCCUCUCCUAUUGUCAAAGCCACUGCUGCUAGCCCACCUUCCUUUUCCCCUUCUGCUGGAUUCACUUUCAGUGCACCUGUAGCAAAGUUAGGCCCCUCCAUGUCGAAUGGGAAGCUGACGACUCCGAGUACAGCAGCAGUCAAAUCAACAACCACCAAAAGCACAGAAGAUUUCGAAGGACCUUUCAAACCAGCCAAGGUCUUGAAGCAAGGCAGCGUGCUGGACCUUCUCAAAGCUCCCGGCUUUGCCUCACCUGUUGCUCAAGUUACACCAAGCCCCGAUGUCACGCCGCAGCCAAAGCCGGCGCAGUCGACGGCCGCCUCCACCAAUUCAACCUCCUCCUCCUCAACAACAGCGUUCUCGGGGGUUUUCAAAGCCUCAGCAGACUGGACCUGUGACGUCUGCUUGGUUCCCAACAAACUGUCGGACACAAAGUGUGUUUGUUGUGCGGCUCCUCAGCCCAACUCUUCAACCAAGUCCAUAGACAGUAAACAAACUCCUGCGCCUUCUGUUGGCCUGGAGAGCAGCAGCAAAAACACCUCGACAACUACAACAUCAACAGCAGCAGCAGAAGCAGCCACAGGGUUUGGCUCGGUGUUUUCCAAACCUACAGGAACGUGGGACUGCGACACGUGUCUUGUUCUCAACAAGCCCGAUGCAGUAAAGUGUGUGGCCUGUGAAACGGCCAAACCUGGGACGGGACUCAAGCCGUCCCUGACUCUUCCUUCUGCCUUCUCAGCUGUUAAGACUGUAUCGACCCCCGCAGAGCCUGCUGCGACAGGGUUCUCUGGAUUUGGAGACAAAUUCAAAAAACCUGAAGGCUCAUGGGAGUGUGAUACAUGUAUGGUACAGAACAAGGCCGAGGACACCAAGUGUGUGGCCUGCACGAGUGCAAAACCAGGUGCUUCAGCUGAAGCUGCUUCAUCAGCCAGCAGUGCACCAGUGUUUGGACUGGGAGACAAGUUUAAAAAGCCAGAGGGGGCCUGGGACUGUGACGUCUGUCUGGUGCAGAACAAGGCUGCAGAUGUCCAGUGUGUAGCCUGUCAAGCAGCCAAACCUGGAGCUAGUGUGGAGCCCAAAGCCUUCGGUUCUUCAGCUGGUGGGACCACGCUUGGCUUUUCUACCUCUACUUCUGGUGGCUUCAAGUUUGGCACAUCAGACAGCACUUCAGGAUCGGCGGCCGGUGGUUUAAAGUUUGGGGGCUCACUGUCAGAGUCGACGGCUUCUUCAGGUGGAUUUAAAUUUGGUGUCCCGUUUGGAAGCGCCCCGUCAGAAACCACUCCUAAAGACAGUACAGCCUCAUCAGGGUUCAAGUUCGGCUCGUCCGAUGGUUUUAAAUUCGGAACUGCCUCCAGUGAAGAUAAAAAGACCGAGCCGCCCGCGGCAGGUUCAGGGUUUAAGUUUGGCACCAGUGGUGGUAUCGUGUUUGGAACUGGAUCUUCUAGCACAGAAAGUAACUCCUCUAAAGGUGGCUUCACAUUUGGACUGUCGAAACCCGCAGAGGAAACGUCAGAUCCUUGCGUGACUGUAAGUUCAACUGUCGAUCCAGAACCUCAAGGAAAGAGCGACAGCGAGGCAUCGUCAGAUAACACCACAUCAACAAACAGCAACACAACCACCACAACAGCAACCACCACAACUGGGUCUGUGUUUAGCCGGUUGGGCGAUCCAAGUUUGGCGACAAAUGCGUCACAAGGGAGCCCUGCUUUCGGAUCAUUACAGGCAAACAAGGAGCCGGCUGCUCCCACGUUCACCUUCGGGAAACCAGAGGACAAAAAGGACGUCGCAGGCUCCUCGUUGCCGUCUACCUUCCUUUUCAGUGCUGCUAGUAAGGAAGCUGAUCCUGCGCCCGCAACGACAGGAGGCUUUUCCUUCAACAAGCCCAGUGCGCCAGCAGAACAGCCUCCGCCGGCGUUCACAUUCGGGAAGCCAGCAGAUAAGAGUGAAGCCGUCACUUCAGAGGCUCCUAAACCCACCUUCACUUUUGGACAAAAUGCUGCAGACUCUCCUGCUCCGAAACCAGGUUUUUCUUUCAACUCUACCAACUCAGCCAACUCCACGAGCUCCACCACGUCUUCGUCCUCCACCCCGACUCCCAGUCUGUUUGGCUGCACCACGGCCACCACCAGCAGCAGUGGGCCCACCGCCCCGGCAGCGGCCGCCGCUCCCUCUGCUUCUCCCUUCGUGUUCGGUCAGCCUGCCGCCACCUCCAGCGAUGCUCCUCCAGCUAAACCCUUCCUGUUUGGCCAGAGUCAGGACAGCCAGCCACCUGUGCCCACAGCUGCUCCCCUGAACUCCACUCCAGCCCCUGCUCUCGCUCAGCCCUUCAUCUUUGGCGCUCCUGCCAAUGCUGCUCCUCCUGCCACUGCUCCCUCUUUCAAUUUUGGAGCAGCAGCACCCUCUGCUGCCUCUUCCUCAGCUCCAUCUGCGGCUCCCACUCCAUUUGCGUUCAGUCCGGCCCCCUCAGGCGGCUUCGGGGCCAGUCAGGCCCCUUCAUUUGGAUCAUCCUUUGGCUCUCCUUUCACGGCCACCCCCUCCCAGACCCCGGGCUUCGGGGCCAAAGCCAACGCUGCCCCUGUGUUUGGACAGCAGACCAACUCCACACCUGUGUUCGGGGGCGCCGCAAACUCUGCCCCAGCGAGCGGAGGCUUCCAGUUCGGAGGAAGCAGUGGCUUCGGAGCUACAAACAACACUUCAGGCGUGUUUACCUUUGGAGCCGGAGCCACUGGCUCCCCUGCUCCUGCCACCAACCCCUCCAUGGCACCCCAGCCAGGAAGUGGAUUCAACUUUAACCAAGCUUCAGCAUUUAAUAUGGGGUCAAAUAAAUCCUUCGCUGCCUCUCCAGCCGUACAACAAACCAUCCCUGGGCGCAAAAUCAAGACGGCGGUGCGGCGCAGAAAGUAGAGCCCCGUGGCCCGACGGCAAACGCAGACUCGACUCAGACCUGACUGCUGAAUGAAGUCCCGACUGGUCUCAACUGGACAGACACUGAAAUUGUUGGGGAUGUGGAAAAGGGCGGAUGCUCCGGGGCUCGCGUUGGGCAGACGGACAGACGUGGGUGGGAUUCAGCCAGGGGCUCGAGUGAUUACUCAGAUAUUCUCCCUCCACACAUAAAAUUAGUUGUGGUGUGAGACCAGACCAGAGGACUUGACAUCGAAACCAACCUGUUGACUGAACAAUGACGCCGACUUUACCAAACAACAAUCAAGCAGAGACCCCCCCACGCUUGGCGUAACAAGCAACGACCGUCAUAUCUAUAUUUUCAACACCUAACAGAUGUCUGCUCGACUUUAGGCAUGACUUUUUGUAAUAAAAUCACAAUGGCAAAAACAGCAAAUUUGAAGAGUUGCGAGUGUAAACUUAA